AUGAAGACUUCCGCCGUCCUUUGCGCCGCCUUGGCUGCCGCCGCCAUUGCCCAGCCCCACCAACACGGAAACAAGAAGCGCCAUGUCCACGGCAAGCACCAGAAGCGCGCCAUGGUCACCGAGUGGGUGACCGAGACCGCCACCGUCACCGAGUGGGUGGACGAGCCCGUCAGCACCGUCUGGGUCAGCUCCGGGGAAACUCCCACUCCCUCCGUCGCUCCCACCACUUCCGUGCCCGCCCAGUUCUUCGAGCCCGCCAACCAGCCGUCGUCUCACACCACCCUGUCUACGUCUUCCACGCCCGUCGCCGCUCCCGUCGUCCAGCAGUCCAUCCAGCAGGCCCCCGUCGCCUCCAGCUCCAGCCCUGCUCCUGUCCCCCAGGUCCCGACUCCCCAGCCGGCUCCUCAGCCUACGACCACCUCCGUCUACGUGCCUCCUGUCGUGCCCGCCGUCCCGAUCGUUGCCACCACGUCCAGCACUCCUCAGGUCCAACCAACGACCCCUGCCGCUGCCCCGUCUUCAGGCUCCGGCUCCGGCUCCGGCGGCGCCAACGGCCCUUUCACUGGUAAAAUGACCUACUACGCCCUCGGCACCGGCUCUUGCGGAGACAACAACGCCGGCGGUGACAAGACGGACAACAUUGUCGCCCUCUCCGCUGCCAUGAUGGGCGACCACGUCAACGGCGCCAACGGCAACUACUGCCACCGCACUAUCAAGAUUUCUCUCGACGGCAAGAGCACCACCGCCUACGUCACGGACAAGUGCCCUGGGUGCCCGCAAUACGGCAUCGACGUCAGCGAGAAGAUCUUCCUCGAGCUCCUCGGCAGCACCGACAAGGGCCACGUGGAUGUCUCCUGGGAGUUCGCCUAA